AUGCUUUCUAUGGUGAAGAUGCUUCUUAGCUAUAAACCAAUAAUCUGGCGAUAUAAAAUAAGUUACAUGUUGCUCUGUGAGGUUUCCUUGCUGAAUACAAUUGCUGUACAAGUGUGUUCCGGCUUCAAGUCAAUACAUGGCUGCCAUCUUCCCAGUGGGGAUAUCAGUGGUUACCUGAAUCAACCCGGUGAUCUGGUGAUAGGUGGCACCUUCCCGGUUCAUGUGGACAGAAGCUACACUGAAACCCAUUUCACUAGCAAACCAGAGGACAUUAAAUGCAAGCGGUUUGAAUUUCAAUUCUAUCAGACCCUGCAGGCCCUUAUAUUCGCGGUGGAAGAGAUCAAUAAUACUCCUGACCUUCUCCCCAACAUCACCCUGGGAUUCCAGAUCUUUGACACCUGUACAGUCUUGAGACGGGCAGCAGAAGGCACCCUGUGGAUGUUAUCUGGAGGACAAGAGAAGGUCCCAAAUUAUCAUUGUGGAAGAGACGGGUCCCUUGUUGGUAUCGUUGGUGAUUCUACGUCCACACGAUCCAUUCUCAUGGCCCAAAUACUGGGCCUUUAUAGAUACCCACAGAUCAGCAACAUAAACAGUGAAGCUACUGAGGUGACAUCACUGCGCAGUCAUGUGUUAAACUUCUACUUAGACGUGAUCACUGAGAUGAGGAUUGGGCAGCUGCCAGAAGACAAUCUUCCAGCAGCUGCCAAUAACAAACCUCCCAGCAUCUAUGCAUACCUGGACCCUCCACCACAUGGUGGCUGUACAGAGGAGAAGCCACCGGGGAAAUGUGUCCACACAAAUAUUUUUCAAGAUCAGGAAAAAUAUACUAGGAAUGGUCAUUGUCUAUACGCCAAUGGCAGCGCCCAUUUUCAGGAUAACGUCAGAGCAACUGGCCCAGAUAUAACAAGUAUUAAAGUAACGAUCAUGGGGUUUAUUCAGAUGUGGCUGGAGAUCAGUUACUUUUCCACCAGCCCACUCCUCAGCAAUCGGAACUUGUUCCCUUCUUUCUUCCGCACUGUACCUAGUGACGCCUAUCAGUCCCGAGGCCUGGCUGAGCUAAUACUGCACUUCGGGUGGACAUGGGUGGGGUUAAUAGCAACUGAUAAUGACUACGGUCAACUUGGCAUCCAGGUGGUAAAACAAGAACUGAUCAAAGCUGGAGCUUGCGUGGCUUUUGUUGGGACUAUUUUGACUGGUCAGCCCAACCGGAAUGCUCCUCACAUUGUAACGAUAAUUAAGGGUUCAACAGCCAAGGUUGUGGUAGUGUUGUCCUCAGCUCCUGAUUUCAUGCCAGUAGUAGAAGAGCUCUUAAAUCAAAAUGUGACCAGAAAAGUAUGGAUAGCCAGUGAAUCAUGGUCAACCUCUACCCUUCUUUCAAAUGAAAAGUUCCAACAGGUCUUGGUGGGUACAAUCGGUUUUGCUCUUCAUGGUGGGCAGAUGCCAGGGUUUGUAGAGCACCUCAAAGGGUUACACCCCUCAAAGUCUUCCAGUGAUCCCUUCAUAAUGGAGUUUUGGGGGCAAACUUUUUCUUGCAAUUGGGAUAACCUCCAUAAUUUAGAUAACUGGAUGGAGAACAAAACAAUUCCUUUCUGUACAGAGGAAGAAACGUUAGAGGGCGCAAUCAAAAAUGUAGACUUUAGACUCACUUUUAGUGUGUACACCUCAGUUUACACUUUUGCAUGGGCCUUACAAAACUUGCUACGAUGCACACCAAGGUCUGGACCAUUCCAUCACGGCACCUGCGCCAACAUCUCAUCUUUGCAUCCUUGGCAACUUCUUCACUAUGUCAAAACUGUGAAUUUUCAGACCAAAGACAAGACGCAUGUAUUUUUUAACGAUGAAGGAGAUCCUCAAGUCAUCUAUGACAUUGUGAACUGGCAGAUAAGGGCCAUGAACACUUUGCAGCAGGUUGUCAUUGGAAGUUAUGACUUGAGAUACUCAGAUCGAAAGGCCUUCAACAUUGACAGUGCUGCCAUUGUAUGGACCAUUGGUGAUAAAAAGGUUCCUCAAUCAAAGUGCAGCCCAAAUUGUCCCUCAGGAUUUAGGAAGAUGUCUCUCCCAGGGAACCCCAGCUGCUGCUAUGAGUGUGUUCCAUGCCCACAGGGAGAGAUCUCGGAUAAAACAGAUUCUGUGAAAUGCCUGGAAUGUCCCUGGGAUAUGUGGCCCAAUCUCCUGCAGAAUAUGUGCGUACCAAGGACCAUUGAGUUUCUUUCCUAUAAUGAAGCUAUGGGUAUUAACCUGGCAACCAUUGCCCCAUUAUCUUCUCUCGUCCCGAUGGUCAUUCUGGGACUUUUCAUCCACUAUAGGACUACACCCGUAGUCCGAGCUAAUAACUGGUCUCUCAGCUGUCUUCUCCUGCUAUCAUUAUGCUUGUGCUUCCUUUGUUCUUUGGCCUUUAUAGGAUACCCACAGCCAGAGAAGUGCCUGUUGCGCCAGGUGGCAUUCGGUCUGGCCUUCUCUCUCUGCAUUUCUUGUGUUCUAGCUAAGACGAUCACAGUAGUCAUUGCCUUCAAAGCCACCAGGCCGGGGACUACACUACGGAAAUGGACAGGCGCAAAAGUGUCCUACUUGGUUAUUGUGAUUUGUGUUCUCAUUCAAGUAUCUAUCUGUGUGACGUGGCUUUCUUGCUCAUCUCCGUUCCCUGAAUAUAAUAAUCAAGCGCAGUCCGGGGUUAUCAUUCUAAGCUGCAAUGAGGGUUCUCCUCUUGCCUUCUGGACUAUGCUGGGGUAUCUUGGCCUCUUGGCCACCAUUAGUUUCUUUGUUGCCUUCUUGGCCAGAAGACUACCUGACAGCUUCAAUGAGGCCAAGUUCAUCACUUUCAGCAUGUUGGUCUUCCUCAGCGUCUGGUUGUCCUUCAUCCCAGCCUUCCUCAGCUCAAGUGGCAAGUAUACCUCAGCCAUGGAAAUAUUUGCCAUCUUGUCCUCCAGCUGGGCGGUGUUGGUUUGUAUAUUCUUCCCAAAAUGCUUUGUCAUACUAUUUCGGCCGGACAUGAACUCUAGAAACAACCUAAUGAGGAAAGAGCCAAGACCGUACUUGUAA